CUUCAAUUCACCAUGCCAGCCGGUAUUUCCCAUCCCCCGCCCGGCUGUAGUUCAUUAACUCUGUGGCUAUUGACUGCACUGGAUGUUUGCUCCCGAGCGAACCUCCCGGCCUUCUUCGCAGGCUGGGGAAUUACCGCCUCUUCUAUCGUUUAACUUUCUGGCUUUGACUUGACGCUUGCCAAAAACAUUCUGUUUGAAUCUAACACCAUGAAUUUGUCUCUUGUCGAUCCCUUUGUCCUCGCUCAGGAUUAUCCAGACACAUUAACGGAGAAGCUGAGAAGUGGACAUGCGACUUGUCUACGGUUUAAUCGCAAAGGAGACUAUCUUGCGUCUGGACGGGUUGAUGGAACAGUAGUCAUCUUUGAUGUGGAAACGAACGGGGUUGCGCGAAAGCUACGAGGUCAUACCAGGCAGAUUCAGUCACUAAGUUGGUCAAGAGACGGUCGUUAUCUUCUGAGUUCUUCUCAGGACUGGAAAUGUAUUCUAUGGGAUUUGAAAGAUGGCUCCCGAGUCCGCACCGUCCGCUUCGAAGCACCUGUUUAUAUCGCAGAACUACACCCUUAUAACCACUUGCUCUUUGUAGCGUCUCUCUUCGAAGAUCAGCCUGUCCUCGUUGAUGUUUCUCUACCCAAGCCCGUCAAGCGAAUCCUUCCAUCCGCUCCGUUCCGUCCUCCGCCUCCGAAGAACGAAGAAAUCGACCCCGCCGUAGCUGCAAAACAAGCAGCUCAAGAUGCGAAACAUUCCACGUGCGUUACGAUCUUCACUGCUCUAGGAAACCAUAUCAUAGCAGGUACAUCUAAGGGUUGGAUCAAUAUUAUUGAGACACAAACCUGUACCACAAUACAUUCCACUCGGCUCUGCAAUGGUGUGGUGAUCUUACUUCGCUUAGCGAGUAACGGUCGGGAUCUACUAGUCAACAGCUCUGAUCGUGUCAUACGCACGAUCCUCAUGCCAGAUCUCUCCCAACUGGGUAUCGAUCUGGAGCCUACCAACAUCAAACUCCAAGUGGAACAUAAGUUCCAAGAUGUGGUGAACCGUUUAAGCUGGAACCAUGUAGCAUUUUCUUCCACUGGGGAAUUUGUUACUGCGUCCACGUUCAUGAACCCUGACAUUUAUGUCUGGGAGCGGAGCCACGGCUCCCUGGUCAAGAUUUUGGAAGGCCCGCGCGAAGAACUAGGAGUGGUCGAGUGGCACCCUAGCCGCCCGAUGGUAGUUGCCUGCGGCCUAGAAUCUGGGUGCAUCUAUACGUGGUCGAUCGUAACGCCCCAGAAAUGGUCAGCCCUAGCCCCUGACUUCGGCGAGGUUGAAGAGAACGUCGAGUAUGUUGAGCGCGAAGAUGAAUUCGAUAUCCACCCGGCAGAGGAAAUCCACCAGCGCCGUCUAGACCAGGAAGACGAAGUCCCCGACGUUCUCACAAUCGAACUGAACAAAGACGGUGCGGAUGAGGAUAUCGUUGCCUCAUUCCGCAUGCCUGUCCUUCUUGAUAUUUCGGACAGUGAAAGCGAGGAUGAUAUCAUCGCUGUUGGGCCCGGGACGAUGAGGAGGCGUAGUCCAGGCGCAGCUCGUGACCGAACGAAUGCCAAUGGGGAUGGGGAGAAGGACAGUGUAAGUGGCGGUAGGAACGGCAGCACACGAGGUCAAAAGGGCCGGCGGCGUUGAUUUGUACUAUCUGUGGGCUAACAAAAUGCGUUCUCUCACUGUCCUUCGUGUUGCUUCUGUCUUACUUUGCGAGUCAUCUAUAGGGUUAUAUGUCAGUUAGAGGGUUCUUGGCGUCUGGUAGGCUGUCUCAAGGGACAUGGCAUAUUUUUCGAUAUACUUACGGUACAUGAUCAGUGGGAGUUUCGGUGGGAGAGCAAAACGUUCAAUAGUAACCAUUUGGAGGGCUUUG